UGGACAGAGAGUUAUUGUACAGGAAAAGAAUGAGGACAAAGUGAUCGAACAUGUGGUAACUAUUCAGGGUUUGACAUCCUCGGGAUAUUUGUUAGCUGUCGGUGAUGAUAAUCAAAUGUGUGAGCUCCACCCUGAUGGUAAUAGUUUUGACUUUUUCAAAGGACUGGUCAGAAGGAAACUCGACUGAACAAGAUUCCUGGACACUUUUCACAAGAGGCAACGACCAUGUCACUUUGUAUAUAUUACAAGGUUUUGGCUUCAAAGCUAAGAAUUUUCCAGUAAAUUGUAUUUGUUUAAUAUAUUUUGUCAUUAGUAUUUCAGAGCUUUUGUAUUCCAUUUGUGAAUUUCGUCAAACUUGUAAUGCGCUUUCCUCGUCCGGUCAAACAAGAUCUUCUAUAGAUGAUUGCUUUAGUCCAUCCAAAUAAUUACGUAUUUUUUUUCUCUUGAUAGGACCUAGUUCAUGAUUGCUUUAGUCAAUCAUUUGUAAGGAGUAUGGUGGUCCUUCUCCGCCAGCUAUGAAAUGAUUUUGGAUAAAAACAAAAAACGUUCAUAUGA